AUGAAAAAAAUCUAUAACCACACCAAAGGCAGAAGAAUCCACCCAUCACCACCACCACCACAACCGUCGUCUUCCACCACCUCUAACCACCACCUAUCCCUCCUCCCUUUAACCAUCGUUACCCUAGCCACCGCUCUUUCACCGGAAGAUCAACAAGUAUUGGCCUAUCUUCUCUCAAUCUCCACCGGCCCAAAACCCACCAACAACUCCGGCAGCCACGGUGAUCACCCACCACACUUCAACUGCAACUGUUUUACAUGUUACACUAGCUUCUGGGCUCGUUGGGACGCUUCACCUAAUCAGAAAGUUAUUCAUGAGAUAAUUGAGGUUUAUGAGGAUGGAUUGGUUGUUGGGAAUAAGAAGAAUGGGAAGAGUAAGAAGGGGAGAAGAAGUAAUAAGGGUUUUUGUUCUUCUGGUGUUGUGCACGCGCCAGUGAGUGGUGAAAGGGUGACGCACGCGCCGCCGGAAGAUGUGGAGAAGGGUAUUUGUGACGGAGGUGAAGUGGAUAUGGAGUCGUCGCAAAAGGGUUCUGAAAACUGA